AUGUUAAGUUUUCGAAAAAUAUCAUUUUUUCAACGUUCAAUAACGGUUGGAUUUACUGCACGUCGUUUUCGAUCUGCUCGUCGAUCUGUUCAAUCAUUAAUAAAUGAUGAAAAACAUAUUAUUACUGAAACAAAACCUGUUUCAUUAGAAAAUCUUUCACCUGUCGUUCGACAAUUGCUUUCAAAAGAUCCAUCAUAUGCUGUUCGUUUUGGUGGUCAAUUAUCAGAAGAUAAAAAACAUCUUGUUCGACAACAGUCACGAACAACAGGUCGAGCUGAAAAUCUUUUUUCACAUAUAUCAAAAGAUGAUAUAAUAAUAUCAACAAAUGAAGAUGAAAAAGAUUUACCUCAUCCUCCAAUUGUUGCUUUUCCAUCCGUAGAAAAUCGUUUUCAAAUUGAUCUUGGUACAGAAGAUAAAACAAUACCUAGUCAUAAAACAGCUCGUUGUUUUGGUUGUGGAGCAUCAGUUCAAUGUUCAGAUAAAACUAAAUCAGGUUUUAUACCAGUUGAGAUUUAUAAAAAUUAUCUUUCAAGUAAUUUACAAAAACGAACAAGUCAAUGUCAAAGAUGUUUUCUUUAUAAAUAUACAAAUGAUAUAUCACAUUGUGAAGUUAAUGAACAAGUUUAUAAAGAUAUUUUAACAGAAAUUAAACGAAAACGUGCAUUAAUUAUAUUAAUUGUUGAUCUGCUUGAUAUACCAAAUUCAAUAAGUCAAUCAUGGUCACAUCUCGUUGAUCAAACAACAGAAAAUCAGAAUACAUCGCCAAAUAUUAUAUUUGUUCUCGGCAAUAAAGUUGAUCUAUUACCAAAAGAUAGCGAUUCUUAUUUGUCUAAUGUUCGAAAAUGUCUUGAAAAUGAAUGUACAAAACGUGGUUUAGGAAAACACAUUGUUAAAUACUAUGGUUUAGUAAGUGCUCGAACUGGAUAUGGAAUUGAAGAACUUAUUUCAAAAGUAUUUCGGUAUUGGUCACAACAUGGUGGUGUUUAUUUACUUGGUAGUACUAAUACGGGAAAAAGUAGUUUAUUCAAUAGUCUUAUUGAUUCUGAUCUUUGUCAUAUACAUGCACUUGAUUGUAUUCAACGUGCAACUGUAUCAAAUCUUCCUGGUACAACAAUGAAUGUUGUUCGUUUUCCAAUUCAAUUACGAACUGGAAAAAAUCAAUUUAUGCGUACAGAACGUUUAAAAGAACGUGAAGAAAAAGAACAUACUCUUCAUGCGAAUAAUAAUUCAAUUGAAAAUGAAACAACUGUUCUUGAAAAUGUUGAAUCAACAGUAAAAUGGCGUCGUCGAUUUGAAUCUGAAAUGAAUUUACCAAAAAGUGGUGCUUCAUAUACAUAUUCAUCUGGUAAAAAUUCAUUUGAUGAAGAUCGUUCAUUUGAAUCAAGUGAACAUAAUUAUAUAAAUUAUCGACAAAAGAAAAUGCGAGCUUUCAAUCCUGAUUCAUAUAAAAAUGAAAAAUGGCUUUAUGAUACACCAGGUGUUAUUUUACCUGAACAAAUGCUUAAUAAAUGUAGUACUAAGAAAGAAUUGACAUUCUUUGAUCAUCAAUCAACUAUGAUUCGACCAGUAAAUAUUUUAUUAGAUGUUGGACAAACAAUAUUGAUUGGUGGUAUUGCAAGAAUUGAUGUAAAACAUAUUAGUAAUAAUGCUCAAGCAAGUCUUUCUUUGAUGACAACAUGUCGUUUACCAAUUAAUGUUAUACAAACAGCAGAUGUGGAACAAUUUUAUGAAAAAGCAUUGGAACAAAAUCAACUUGGAGUUCCUCAAAAUCGUAUCAACAGUCGACUUCAAGAUCCACCACAACUUCAAGGACCUACUAUUGAAAUUCUUGGAGUAGGAGAAGAAGAAGCAGCUGGAGACAUUGUUUUAUCAUCAGCUGGUUGGGCUAGUGUUCAAUGUAGUCGUGAUCAAUAUGUAAUAUUUAAUGUAAUGACACCAGAUGGUCUAGGUAUUCAUCUACGACAACCACCAUUACUUAAACAUUUAUUUCAUUUACGUGGUUCUCAUAUUGAAAAAACACCAUUUUUUAAUAAAUAUAUUUAUCCAGAAGAUAAACAAGAAAAUGAAGACGAUAAUAAUAAACAAUAUCAAUCAAAUGAACUUGAAAUGAUUAUUAAUGAAAAAAUAUGGAAAGGAGAACAAAUCAAACAACAAAGACGAGCGAAACGCACGUAA